GUGGAACCCAUGACAAAGAGGACACAAAACAGUCCUUGAGGAGCCAACCCCAGGACCUAUCUCUUGCUCUGUGAUAAAGUGGUAUAAAGAUUUGCCAAUAGGAACACAAUGGAGGGGUUUAAUGGCAGAUGUGGAUUUUUUCCUUCAACUUCAAAUUGUUCACACUUUACACUUACUCUCCAUUCUGUUCCAUAAGAAACAACUCAAAGAUUCAAAGACACCAAUACAGGUGCUAUUGAAGAAGAAGCAACUCAAUCCAUUGUACUACUGGUUUCUGGCCAUUAGAGUAUCAUGAAUGGGACAGCAAGAGAAUACAUGCAUAUUUUCUGCUAUAAUUCAAAAGCAGAGACUUUGAACCCUACCCAGCAUCUCUGAGUAGCACCAAGCUGCUUGAAGCAUUUAUCUCCUUUUAUUUAUGGUAAACGCCUCUGUGCUUUUCACUAGACCUUUUGAUGAUCUACUGGUUAACAUCAGCCUAAUCCCUCCUCCUUAAUGAGUUCGAUUCUGGGAGCUCUAAUUGGUGAAUCACUAAACCUCUUAGGGGAAACCUUAGUUUUUAUCUGUGUCUUUCUCCUUCAACGGCACACAAUUAUUCUUCUCACUUGCCUUCAUAUCAGAAGUUCAUACUUCAUUUCAAAGAACUCUAAGGUGACUGAAGUAUGGAAGGCAUGGAGAAAUUCUUACUCAAAUUUAAAGGAUAUUAUUUUAAGCGUUUACCACUUGAUAUUGGCUUUAUAGAAAAUUUAGAUAAUUUUGAAAUCAGAGAAAAUGAUGUCUUCAUAGUCACAUACCCCAAAUCUGGAACCAUCUGGUUUCAGCAAUUAUUAAGUCUGAUUUAUUCUGAGGACCAUCGCAAAGGCGCUGGAAAACUGGAAACCAUGGAUCGAGUACCCUUCCUUGAGUACAACUUUCGAAAAAUGGAUUUUGGGGAAAGGCCAUCCCCCCGUCUCUUCUCUACCCACCUCCCAUACUACUUGGUUCCCAGUGGGCUGAAGAACAAAAAGGCCAAAAUUAUUUAUGUAUACAGAAACCCUAAGGAUGUUAUGUGCUCAUAUUUUCACUUUGCAAAGAAUGUGAUGUCACAAUUUACAGGUACCUUUGAGGAAUUCAUGAAACAAUUUCUCGAAGGAAGAGUGAUGGGAAGCCUUUGGUUUGACCACAUCAAAGGUUGGUAUGAGCACAGAAGCCUCUUCAACAUUCAGUUCAUGACCUAUGAGGAGAUGAAGAAGGAUCUCAGAGGUUCUGUGUCAAAAAUCUGCAAGUUUCUGGGGAAAGGAUUGAGUGAAGAGGAUAUGGAUGCUGUUGUGAGACAGGCCACAUUUGAGAACAUGAAGGAUGACCCACUGGCAAAUUAUGAUAAUAUAAUAACCAGUGGAUAUGGGCCGAAUGUAAAAGGUCAUUUCCUUCGCAAAGCUGGCUGCCAGCUGAGAAGUUGGGCUAGUGAUCUUCAAUUACAGCAGAACUGCCAGGAUGAGUUUGCCCCUGUCCAGGAGGUACCAUCGGAGACUGGAAAAAUCACCUGACUGUUGAGCAGAAUGAAAGGUUUGACCAGAUUUUCCAAAGGGAGAUGAAGGAUUUUCCCCUGGAGUUCAUCUGGGACAUGAAUGAAGACUAGAAUGUGAAGCAAAGCACAGAUCCAUUAAAAAAGCACUGUUGAAGGAUA